AUGGUGAACCAUGGGAAGGAGAAGGCUCGAUUUUUGUUCUCGAUCUGCUCUCCGACGACGUCGGCCUUCCCCGAGCUUGGCGAGCUGGAUCUGUCCCUUCCCGUCGUCGAUCUGCUCUCCGCGACGCCGCCUGCCUCCUCGGACCAUCCCCUCUCGCUCAGCCGCGACUCCCUCCCUGGAGCAGCCGCUCCCGCCCAACCCAAAGCCGCCGGCCGGAGCUACGCCGCAGCACGCUCCCUCCCUCCUCUUCUUGGGGACCGGAUUGUGGCCGAGGAGGAGCUUGCCCUUGUCGCCCAGCAGCUCCCGCUCCAACGGGCUCGUCUAGCCCAUCGACGACGACUCCUCCUCCUCAUGCUCAUCGGACUCGUGCACAAGUGCUCUGCAAGUCUGCAUUGGGAAGCAGAUACAGUUUUUCUUGGUGGGCGUGGUUUUGGAACAGCCAUGUCUUCUCUAAUUUUGACAGUGCUUGAGUUUAGAGUAUGGUUAUACUUUUGCUUAGGCAGGGUAAUUGCUUUUCUUACUGGUGCUCCUGAUUAUGAAGAUGGUCAACUAGACACUAAGAGAUAUGGUGAGCAAUAUGCUAGCAAAGGGGAAGAUGUUGACCUCAUGUUGCUCCCUGAGCAGAUACCUUCCUAUAGAGAUCCGGUUCACAGCAAAAAAACUGGUGUUGAAUUCGCCGCCGGCUCCGAGACCUCGACCGGACGGACGGAAGGCGGAUUGAAAUUGUUGUUAUGGCGCCGUAUAUUAUAUGCAGUCCCACGUUUUCCUCUUCCUUUAUUUAGGUGAUAUUGAUCUGAGCAGGAUUUGUUUUUAUCUCUGAAUUUGUAUGAUAUGUGAACCCCAAAACAUGCAUCGUCAGACAGGUGUAGGUUGAUGCCCCUCCAUUUUUCACAUCACAGACUAGACUAGGUGAUCAAUUUCUUUUUAAAUGCUAGGAAAAGGGGAGGUGUUCACCAUUCUAUAGAGAGCAGAAAGAUUGAUGGCUAGGGAAACUCAUGGAGAAAAGAAGACAAA